GUCCACCAACAGUGCAUACUGUAUAGGAUUAAACCAAUCAGGGACAACGAGUAUAUGAUUCUGGAUGGCUGUCGCCGAAGUGCACGUCUGGCGCCUGCUGCGCCCGCUAGCCACAACACUCGCAUCGAGAACCCAUUAUGAACUGGCUGGGAGGCUGUGGGAUUCAGGAGGGCGCAGUGCGGCCAUCCGUAAGCCGGCCAAACGCUCUCUUGCGUGUGCGCCAGCAGCCGACACUGGGUUUGGAGCCGUGCCGCCGCUGCCCACACGGCGGGUGGUGGUGACCGGCAUGGGGCUGGUGACGCCACUGGGUGUGGGCGUGGCGGAGACGUGGCGGCGGCUGCUUGCGGGCGAGUGUGGGCUGCGGCAGCUGCAGCAGGAAGACCUGCCGGAGUCCCAGCGCUCUGCGCUGUCCUCGCUGCCCUGCCGGGUGGCGGGCCUGGUCCCCGAGGAGCAGUUUCAGGAGGCAGUCCGGAGGCUGGGGCUGGCAGAGGAAUCGCGGCGGUCCUCGCGCUUCAUGCUGUUGGCACUGCUGGCGGCGGAGGAGGCACUGGCGGACGCGCGCUGGGGCCCCGGAGCCGCUGUAACAAUCUCGUCCGGCGCGCAAGAGGGCCGCGGAGCCAGCGGAACGAGUAGCGGCGGUGGCAGCGGCAUUGGCAAUGGCGGCUGGUCGGACGCGGCUGCCCGGCGCACGGGGGUGGUGGUGGGCAACGGCAUGAGCUGCACCACCGAGGUGGCGGAGGCGGGCGCGCUGGUGUGCGGCGGCAAGCAGCGCCGCGUGUCGCCGUUUUUCGUGCCGCGCAUCCUGCCCAACAUGGCCGCCGGCGCUAUCAGCAUACGGUACGGGCUGCAGGGUCCCAACCAGGCGCCCUCCACCGCCUGCGCCACCGGCGGCCACGCGCUGGGCGACGCCUUCCGCAUCAUCCAGCGCGGCGAGGCGGAGGUCAUGGUGGCGGGCGCCAGCGAGGCGUGUGUUGACGCCAUCAGCUUCACAGGCUUCAGCCGCCUCAAGGCGCUGUCCACCCGCUACAACGACAACCCCACACAGGCCUCCAGGCCGUUUGAUGCGGACCGGGACGGCUUCGUGAUGGGCGAGGGCGCGGGCGUGCUGGUGCUGGAGGAGCUGGGGCACGCCCGGGCGCGCGGCGCGACCAUUUACGGCGAGGUCCGCGGCUACGGUCUGUCGGGCGACGGGCACCACGUGACGCACCCGCACCCGGACGGCGCUGGCGCGCUGCUGUGCAUGCGGCGCGCGCUGGUGGGCUCGGGCGUGGGCCUAGACGACCUAGCCUACAUCAACGCCCACGCCACCUCCACGCCCGCCGGCGACGCCAUCGAGCAGGCCGCGAUACGGCAGCUGCUGCUUAAGCCGCUGCAUCGGAACGGAGGCGAGGCGGAACGCUCGGCGGCGCAGGCUGGGACCGAGGCGGGCGCAGGGCCAGGCAGCGGGUUGUCAGCGGCACAGGAUUCGGAGCUGGGGCCGGAGGCGCGGAGGCGGCUGGCGGGUGUGGCUGUGAGCAGCACCAAGGGUGCCACGGGGCACCUGCUGGGCGCGGCGGGAGCGGUGGAGGCGGCGUUUGCGCUGCUGGCCAUCAAGCACCGCAGGGCGCCGCCCACGCUCAACCUGGCACGGCCAGACCCGGCGUUGUUGCCGGGGCUGGUGGGCAUGGGCGGCAUUGGCGGUGGGGGCGCAGUGGAGCUGCCGGCAAACCAGCGAGUUGCGGCCCUGAGCAAUUCGUUUGGGUUUGGCGGUACCAACACAAGUCUGCUGCUGACUUCCGUAUAGAUACCCUUGAGCAGAUGGAAUGUGGUUGUUAGCGUGCUGGCCGCGCGGAUCAUCGCUACACUAUGCACGCUCAGCGCACCAGCUAUUGCAGCGGGGCGCGUAAGACAAGAUCGCAUGGGAAAAGUAGGCUGCGCCCAGGCCACGCCUCAAGUCUGAGGUGCUGUGGCUGGUGUUGGGGGUAUAGGCUGCCGUUGGCUGAAGCAGCGCUCGUAUCUUACGAAGGCAGGGGCGGCGUCAGUGGCCGAAUUCCUUAAAAUGGCUUCGUUCAGUUGACGAAACAGGCUGCCGCCGCUUCGUUCACCCCCAAAAUUUUUCCGCGUGAGACAAGUGGGAAAAGUGGGCUGCGCCCACGCCACGUCUCAAGUGCUGAGGUGGUGUCGCUGCUACGAACCAUAGGACACAGCACUGGUGAGUUAUGUGCGCGUGUGUGCUAGGGGUGCUAGGUGCAGUGCGUGGGAGUGUGACAGGCCGUGAUGGGAAGGCGCGGCGUGCGUUUGCACAGAGGCGGCGUGCUGUCCACGCAACCAUCAGAUGCCGCACUGACAGGUUGAACACGUGCGUGUGUGCUAGGGGUGCUAGGUGCGGCGCGUGAGAGUGUGACAGGUCGAUGACACGUGUUACCUCCAAAACUGGCAAUAGACGCUGAGGCUGACAUGGUCCGCCGCUGGCAGACUGUGUGGAGGCAUUCAGAUGUGCUGCUGGCUGGGCUAAUGGGCUCUGGCAGGUGGGUGACAGAGGCGCCGGAAUACGCGCCAGACGACAGAACCAACCUGGAGACACCAGCGCCACCGGCGCCCAGCAGCACAUGUGCGAAAGGGAGGGAGGGAGGAAAGGAAGGCGUAACAAACCGCUUCAAGGGAGCGGGGAGGCUAUGGAAACAAAGCAAGCCACAACAGCGAGGCAGGUGCAGCUAGAAUGGAGGGGCCGGGGCUGUGGGCUGCGGCUGAGAAUGGAGGCGAGCUGCCUGCAGUGACUAAAGGGGGCGUGAGUGAUGCUGAAGUAGCCAGCAGGUGUAAAGAAAGUAAUAAACGGUAUGUACGCCGGGGGGGCGGAUGAGGUAAGAGCAACGCAAUGGU